AUGGAGGAUUCAAAGAAGGUGGCAGCGGAGACUGAGUCAUUCCGAAAGAUUGCAUUUGCAGGAAUCGCAAUUUCCACGAUUGCAACUCUGACCGCUAUCUUGGCAAUUCCAAUGUUGUACAAUUACAUGCAACACGUUUCAAGUUCCCUUCAAACUGAGGUCGAUUUCUGCCAACAUCGGACUGAUGGGCUUUGGGAUGAGUACAAGAAUUUCCAAAACCUGCAAGGUGUCACCGGGCGUCUUCGUCGUUCAACCAACAAACGUCAUACCGGACAAAUGAACCGAUCGAAGAAGAUGCGCCGUCAAAAUGAAGAGGAAGAAGUUGAGAUUGUAUAUGUUGACGAGGAUGGGAAUGAGGUGGAUGAUCAGACACCUACUGCUGCUCCAGUCGCUCAAGCUCAAGUCCCAGCUUCUUCAUUUGCAGCCACUUUUAGCCAUGCUUCAAGAGCUCCAGCUUCAUCUGGAUCUUGCUGCUCUUGCGGUGUGGGUGCUGUUGGACCACCUGGAGCCCCAGGACAAGAUGGAGCUCCUGGAAAUGAUGGAUCUUCUGGAGCACCGGGACAUCCUGGACAAGAUGCUGUAGAUGACUCUCAAGCUGGACCAGACUCAUUCUGCUUUGACUGCCCAGCUGGACCACCAGGACCAUCCGGAGCUCCAGGACAAAAGGGACCUUCAGGAGCACCAGGAGCUCCAGGACAAUCUGGAGGAUCCGCUCUUCCAGGACCACCAGGACCAGCUGGAUCACCUGGGCGAUCAGGACAACCAGGAUCCAAUGGAAACGUCGGAGCUCCAGGAGCCCCAGGACAAGUCGUUGAUGUUCCAGGAGCACCUGGACCUGCAGGACCACCAGGACCACCAGGACCAUCCGGAGCUCCAGGACACCCAGGACAAGCUGGAUCAUCCCUGCCAGGAGCCCCAGGACCACAAGGAGACGCCGGAGCACCAGGACAGCCAGGAGCUCCAGGACAACAAGGAGAACCAGGAGAGGACGGAGAGAGUGGAUCCGAGGGAGCUUGUGAUCACUGCCCACCACCAAGAACUGCUCCAGGAUAUUGAAUGGAAGCUCUGGGAGUUGUUCACUUUUUUGUAUAGUUUCUUCGUGUCUUAUUUGUAUGAAGUGAAUUUUUGAAGGC